AGCAUUCAUACUUUAUGUACGUCUUAAAAAUUGUGUUAGUAGAGGGGUUGAUCUUUUUUUGCAAAAACCAAAGUGUAAUAAGUUUUAGUUUUAUAUUAAAUGAAUUAAAUGAAGUAUUUAUAAAAUCAAGGAGUUUCGUUACGAAACCAAGUAAAGAAAGAUAAAUAAUGUAUAAUGGGAUUGGCUUACCAACCCCCAGAGGCUCUGGAACAAAUGGUCAUGUGCAACGCAAUUGGGCCUUGGUCAGGUCCACAGCUAAAGAUAAGACAUACAAAACCGAACAGGAACUAGCGGCCUUUGAUGCAGCUUCAAAUAAACAACCCAACAAAGAUAUCUUGGAUCAUGAGAGGAAGAGAAAAAUUGAGCUGAAAUGUGCAGAGUUUGCUGAUCUUUUGGAAGACCAAGGUUUUACUGAAGAAACGGUGAAUAUUAAAGUAAGCAACUACAGAAACAUGCUGUUGGGACAUGGCGAAAAAAUAGAGAGACCCGUAGAUGAAUGGGGAAGACCAAGUGUGACGGAAACUCACCAGGUGGCCGAAGCACAGCAAGAGAAAAAUGCACGUCUUCGCGAAGCCUUCGGGAUCUCAGAGUACUUCGUGGAUGGCAGCAGCUUCGACCCCGAUCGCCAAGCCAAAGAGAAACUUGCGAAAAGUGUCGCUAUACAGGAACGAGAAAGACUGAAAGCUUUGGAAAGGGACAAACAGAACGAGCCAGACAAAGCGGACGUUCGGAAAUACCAGCUAGUACACACACCUAGUCCGGAACCGGACGCUGAUGAUGAUAUAGAAAAGGAAAAGGAUGGGAAAAAGAAGAAGAAGAAGUCCAGGGAAAGUUUGUCAAGCGAGGAUGUUAAAAAGAAAAAGAGGAGAAAAAGCAAAAAACUAGAGAGAUCCGGCAAAUCUAAAGACAAAUUGAAGAAAAAGAAGAAUAAGAAAGAUGAAGCUUCGUCUGAGUCUAAUUCAGAUGAAGACUCUGAUGAUGGUUCAAGCAGUGACGAUGACAGGAAGAAGAAAAACAGAAAAAAGGAGAAAAAACGAUCUUCAAAAAAGAGGAAGUAUUCAUCCGAUGAAAGUUCCUCGGAUAGCUCUUCUGAAAACGACAAGAAGACAAAGGCAGAAAAAUCAAAAAAUGGUCAUAAACAUCGCUCUCGUAGUAAAGAUAGAAAAAACAAAUCAGAAAAAAUGUCUAAUUUAAAAACAAAUAGAUCUAUUACUCCAAAAUCCCCCAAGCAGUCUUCGAGAUCCCAGAAAAAUGUUAAAGACAAUAAAUAUGAAAAAUAUGACAAAUACGAAAAAUAUGACAAAUACGAAAAAUAUGACAAAUAUCAACGGAAUAGGUCUCCAGAAAGAAAGAGAAAAUCUAGAUCUCGUUCAAAAGAAAGACGAGGACGGUCCAGAUCUAUAGAAAAACAUAGGAGCUCCAGAUCUACCGAACGAUCCAAAUGGUCACAACCUAGUACGAAGAAAAAAUCUAGUUCAGUUGAUCGAAGAAAAAGGUCCAGAUCAAAAUCGCAAGAAUCCAAAUAUAAAUCAAAGAGACCUGCAGCGAAACCACAACGCUCCAGAUCGAGGUCGAAAAGAUCUCGUCAUAACGACAGAUCUAGAAGCAGAUCUCUUUCUAUUUCCAUUAAACGAAAACUCAAACAUGAUAACGUCAAGAGAUCUCGAAGCAAAUCAACAUCUACAUCUAGUACAAGAAAAUCCCGUUCACCUUCAGUAGAUAAGGAACGCAAACGAAAAUCUAGCGCCGAUUUCAAUAAGAAGAAAAGAAGGGACAGGUCUGCAUCUGUUGAUAAAAGGAAGAUGCUUCGAUCGAAAACUCCAGAGAAGGAGAGAAAAAAGUCAAGGUCUGAUUCAAGAGAAAAAGUUAGAAAAAGGCCGAGGUCCGAAUCAGAGGACGAGGAACUAGCUGAAAUUAGAAGAAGAAAGCAAAGGUAUGAAGAGGAAUAUGCUGAAAUAGCUAGGAAAUUGAGAUUAGCGGAAGAAGAAGAAAAAAGAAGAAGGGAACGGUCACUAUCCAAAGAUAGGAAAAAAAGAAACAGAUCAAAUUCUCGUGAAAAGAGAUCCAGGUCAUUGGAAAGGAGAACCAAAAAGACUGAUAGGCGUGAAAUAAGAACUUCACGGAGUAGAUCACCAAUCCAUAGUCGAAGCAGAUCGAGAAAAAGUCAUAGUCCUAAACGACGUAGUUGUUCUCCGGAUCCCAGACAUUCUCCCAAAGAUAAAUCUAGGCACAUAGAAUCAGAAGAUAAAAUAAAAAGUCAGAUUAAAGCAUUAGUCAAGAACAUUUCAAGUAAGGAACGAGUUUCAUCAUCUUUUGUAGAUAAAUCUGAUAUUAAAGCAUCACAGAAAUACUCAAAGGAUAGGUCUACAACACCAAUGACAAAAAAGGACUCAAGGAGUAGAAGCAGUGACAGGAACGAGAGCAUUGCCAGAAAAGAAAGUAAAACCAAGAAAUGUUAUUCCCCCAAAAGUCCAACCAAGAAAUCUUUAACACCUGAUAUGGCAAAAGAAAAGGCUAAAAAGAAAUCCACAGAAAAGCCAAAAACGAAAAAACCGUUACCAGUAGUCCGACUACGGUCUUCCUCUAGUGAAGGUGAUGUAUCAGGACCGGAGGUAGAGAAAGAGAAAGAAGAUGAGAAAGACGACAAAGAACUUCGAUAUCUGCGACUGUUAAAAUCUGAUCUAGCAGCGAAGGCAAAAGAAAGUCUGGAACGAAAGAAAGAGAAACCUCCUAGUCCGAAACCUAUUGUCAAAAGGCACAUAGAACCAGAUUUUUUUGAUAUUAAAGUUUUACCUUUAAGGAAUGGUAAGGCUCCGAGCCCGUCAGUAGCUGGUAAAGACAAUGUCGAUAUCCACAUGAAGAUUAGUAAAUCAAGAUCAAGAUCGAAAAGUCGUUCUAAAGAAGAAGGUAGAACAAGUAAAACUAAAUCGAAGUCAAGGAGUUCAUCUAGAUCUUCACUAAGUUCGAAGCAUGGAAGAAGCAGGUCCUUGUCGUCAACCUCUAGCAAGUCUUGUUCUAGGUCGAGAUCAUAUUCGAGAUCGAGAAGUCGGUCUGCUUCAUCAAGCUCUAGCUCUAGUUCUAGUUCAGCUAGAUCUAGAUCACCGUCUAUUCCCAGAAGGCAUGGUUCGCCUAGUUUCUUAGAUAGGCGAAGAAUUACCAGACACAGGUAGUUUGGAAGUGUUGAGACGAUUUUGUUUAAAAAAGGCGUUUUUCUAUAAUUAUGUGUUUUUAAUAUACAUGCAUACGUAUAUGAAAUAAAUAUUGUUAAUUUC